GGUGAUUAACUGAAGAUGCAAAUAAAGUGAAGGGUAUCCAAUUUAUUUUCCAGAUAUGAAGUUUAAUAAACAUGAAAUAAGAUUACACCAGACCUCAUGAAAAUGUGUUUGUAAGUUGGUAAAACUGUAAUAAAAUGAAAAGGCACAAUGUUGACACUAAUAUUUAAUAAUCAUGCAAAUCUUUGUUUUUAAAUACAUCAAAUACAGUGGAUGACAAAAUAUAUGCAGCCUUGAACGGACCCUCACCUCCAACAUAACUACUACACAUCCAGUAAGUAAGUAGAAAAUAGGUAACUUAAAAGUUAAAAAAGGUAAAUAAAGAGUAAAUGGAAGAUUAAAGUUAGGUAAAGGAAGGUAAAUAGUGGAUAAAUAAAAGGUAAAUAGAUGGGAAAACAAAGUAAAUGUUCUAUAGAAAGUAAAGUAAGGUCAAUAAGAGCUAAACAAGGGCAAAAUAAAGGUAAGUUGAAAGUAAAAGAUGGUGAAACUAAAUUAAAAGUUAAAUACAAGGUAAAUAGAGGCUAGAAAUAUAGUAAAUGCGAGGUAAAGGAAGGUAAACAGAAGGCAAAUUGAAGGUAAUAGAAUGUUAAAAGAAGGUAAAUGGAAGAUAAAAGAGAAAAUAGAUCAUUAGAAGGUAAAUAGAAUGUUAAAAGGAGGUCAAUGGAACAUAAAAGAGAAAAUAGAUCAUUAGAAACUAAAUAAAAUGUAAAGAAAGGUACAUUGAAGAUGAAAGAAAAUAGAAGGUAAACAGAAAGUAAAGGAAGGUAAAUGGAAAGUAAAUGAGGGUAAAUAGAAGGAACAGAAGAUAAAUACAAGGUAGAAAAUGUGAAAGAAGGUAAAAGAAGGCCAUGGUAAAAUAGAAGGUAAAAGAUAACAGAAGUAAACAGAAGCUACAUAAAUAAAAGGUAAGUUAAAGAGAAAAGAUGGUAAAACAAAAUUAAAAGUUAAAUAGAAGCUUAAAAGAAGGUAAGUUAAAGUAAGCUAAAAAGGUAAAUGAAGGUAACACAUUUCAAAAGAUAAUGAAAGUCAAAUAGAAGGGAAAUAAAGAGUAAAUUAUUGGUAAAAGGAGGUAACUAGAAGGUAAAAACGUUAAAUAGAUUGUAUAUUGAAGGUAAAUAUAAGGUUAAAAGUAUGUACAAUAGGUAAUUAGAGGCUAAAUGAAGUGUACAUUGGAGGUAAAUGAAGGUGAAAUGGGUCAAAGAAGGUAAAUAGAAGGUAAAAGGUGGUAAAUAAAAGGUAAAAUAAGUUGAAUUGAAAGUAAAAAUGAAAUAGAAGGUACAUUAAAUAUAAAAUAGGUAAUUAGAAGCUAAAUAAAAGGAAAAUUGAAGGUAAAAGAAAGUAAAUUAAGGGUAAAUAGUAGGUAAAAGGUCAUAGAAGGGUAGAUAGGUUAUGGCAAGCAGAAAAACUUUUUGUUUCAACUAUUGAGGCUACAAAGUGUGAUUCAUGCGGUUAAGAAUAAGCAUGCAAUAACUAGUUGUUAGUGCUUGUCAACAUACCAAGUGUGUGUGUGGGUACAUUGGGUGUAAGGUGGGAUGGGGGGCCCUUUUGGGGUCUGGUGUACGGGGCCCCCAAUAUGUGGUGCUACGCCCCUGUACAUAACUCCAACAUUGAUUUGCUGAAGCAUAUAUGUAUGUGUUACACCAGGUAUUAUUUUCAAAAGGAAAUAUCUAUAUUGAAGAAUUUACAGCAGAAAGCAUCAUUUUAGGGAGAUUAAACACAGGAGAUGAUUUUCUGCUCCAACUAUGUCAAAGUCAACGCCUUGUUUUUGCUUUACAGCCCAAAAAGACCACAAAAAAAAGAAAAAAAAGAAAAAGUGAACGUUUAGAGAGACUACCGCCCGCGCGUGCACGCCAGGCAGCGUGAGCGCGCCUGGGUCGGCCUCGCCGGGGUCUGGCGGAACCGCCGAGCCACGCGCGAUGAUGACGCAGGAGAAGCCCCGAAACGUCCGCUUCCGGCCCGCAGACAUGGGCUGACUCACCUCGCUCACCCACCGAGGAACCGAGCAGCCCCCAGCGGGGAGACAUUGUGCGAGUGGCCGGCAGAGGGUGAGGAGGGUCCGGCCGAGGCGAGAGCGGAGGAGACGUCGAAAGGAGGACGCCGGGGCAGCCAUUAGCAUCGCUGACUCUUACUUUUACAUUCCACGGAAAAGAAAAAAAAACACCGAGAGGAGCGGAAGACAUUCUUUUUUUUUCAUCCAGGAGGAGGAGGAGGAGGAGGACGCAGCCACCCCGGCCUUCCUCGCUCGGCGCCCGGCUAGCAAGACCGCUGCCACCCGCUGAAGGCCAGACGUCUCAUGGAGUCGUCGGACGACGACACCCUCAGCGAGCGCUCUUGCGUCAGCGAGCCGUCCUUCCGCAGCGAGCGCUCGGGGGGCUCUCUGUCGCCCUGCCCCUCGGUGCACGCGGGCCCGCCCGGGGACACGCUACCGUGGAACCUGUCCAAGCACGAGAGGCGCAAGAGGCGGAGCCAGGACUCUGUGCUAGACCCUGCGGAGAGGGCCGUGGUCCGGGUUGCAGAUGAGCGGGACAGAGUGCAGAAGAAAACCUUCACUAAGUGGGUCAACAAGCAUCUCAUCAAGGUGAGGAAGCACAUCACUGACCUCUAUGAGGACCUGAGAGACGGACACAACUUGAUCUCCUUGCUGGAAGUCCUUUCUGGCGUCACCCUGCCCCGAGAGAAAGGCCGUAUGAGAUUUCAUCGACUGCAGAAUGUCCAAAUCGCACUGGACUUCCUGAAGCAGAAACAGGUCAAACUUGUCAACAUCAGGAACGAUGACAUCACCGACGGAAACCCUAAACUCACGCUGGGUCUCAUCUGGACCAUCAUCCUUCACUUCCAGAUUUCCGAGAUCUACGUGUGCGGCGAGUCGGGCGACCUCACGGCCAAGGAGAAGCUGCUGCUAUGGAGCCAGCAGGCCACAGAAGGCUACCCGGGCCUCCGCUGUGUCAACUUCACCUCGUCGUGGAGCGACGGACGCAUGUUCAACGCUCUGCUGCACCGAUAUAGACCCGACCUGAUCAACAUGGAGGCGGUGUCGCAGCAGGGCAACCGUGAGAACCUGGAACAGGCCUUUGAGAUCGCAGAGUCGCUAGGAGUGACCAGACUGUUGGACGCUGAGGACGUUGAUGUUGCAGCCCCAGAUGAGAAGUCGGUCAUCACCUACGUCUCGUCCAUCUAUGAUGCCUUCCCCAAAAUCCCAGAGGGAGGAGAGGGCAUCGCCGCACAAGAGGUGGACCAGCGCUGGUCCGAGUAUCAGUCCAGGUUCUCCUCUCUGCUCCAGUGGAGCCGUCAUCAAACGGCCAUCAUGGCCAACAAGAACUUCCCCCAAAAUCCUGUCGAACUCAAGGCACUUUACAACGAGUACGUCCAUUUCAAGGAGACUGAGAUCCCCGCCAAAGAGGUGGAGAAAGUUCACUUGGAACACCUCUACAAACUUCUUGAGGUGUGGGUGGAGUUUGGACGUAUCAAGCUUCCUCAGGGCCUUCAUCCUAAUGACCUGGAUGAGGAGUGGGGUAAACUCAUCCUGGAGAUGUUGGAGAGGGAGAAGGCUCUCCGGCCAGCCGUGGACAGAUUAGAGCUGCUGCUCCAUAGAGCUAAUAAGUUCCAGAACCUUGCUGUGGACUGUGAGGAGAAACUGACCCUGGCAAAGAACACACUACAAGCUGAUAUGUCCCGGGCGGAGAGCGGCGAGGCGGUGCAGUGCGAGAGCGAGCUGGCCUGUUACCUGCAGGACUGCGAGUCUCUCAUGGGACAACUCCAACAAGAGCUCAAAGUCCUCCGUGAUGAGAAGUACUACCAAGUGGACCAGCUGGCCUUCAGGGCGUCGUGCCUUCAAGAGGAGCUGGUCUCGCUCAGACUUCAGUGUUCCAGUCUCUACAGGAAAGGUCACUUCUCGCAGUCCCCAGGGAACACGACCACAGAGCUGCCCAGCCAGCGGGCUGCGGGUCCCGGGUUCUCGCUGGGUCAGACCUUGCUGGGGGCGGCGGGCGCCGCGCUCUUGCGACGUCCGAUGGCGCGCUCCCAGCUUGUGGCCAUGUCGUCAUCAGAGGACGAGGGCAGCUUGAGAUUCAUCUACGAGUUGCUGGGAUGGGUGGAGGAGACGCAGGAGCUUUUGGAAGGGGCCGAGUGGGGAGCAGACCUUCCAUCAGUGGAGAACAACCUGCAGGAACACAACAGUGUCCACACGGCAGUGGAGGAGCUGAUGAGCUGCCUGCAGGAAGCACGCAGCUAUGAGGCUAAAGUGUCCCCCAACUUCAAGAGCAACUACUGUGAGACCCUGGCCAAGCUGGAGCAUCAGUACUGCAAGCUACUAGAAAACUCGUCCUGGCGCCUGCGGAGCCUGGAGAGCCUGCACGCCUUCGUGUCGCACUGCACCGAGGAGCUGAUCUGGCUCAAUGAGCGCGAGGAGGAGGAGAUCGCCUUCGACUGGAGUCACAACAACGCCAACAUGUCCGCCAAGCGGGAAUUGUACAGCGAGCUGAGAUCCGAGCUGGAUGAAAAACAGGAGGUGAUGCGCUCUCUGCAAGAAACAUCCCACCGCUUGUGUCAUGAGAACCAUCCCGCCAAGCAGACGCUGGAGGCGUACAGCGCCGCCCUGCAGACGCAGUGGCAGUGGGUGGACCAGCUGUGUGUGUGUGUGGAGCAACAUCUCAAGGACAACACCGUUUACUUCCAGUUCAUGAGCGAUGCCCGGGACUGCGAGUCGUACCUGCGUCAGCUGCAGGAGACCAUCAAGAGGCAGUACACCUGUGACAGGAGCAGCAGGCUGAGCAGACUGGAGGACCUGCUGCAGGACUCAAUGGACGAGAAGGAGCAGCUCAUUGAGUAUCGCGGCACGGUGGCGAGCCUGGUGGGCCGGGCCAAGACGGUGGUGCAGCUCAGGCCCCGCAGUGCAGAGAGCCCCUUGGCGGGGGCCACGGCCAUCAGGGCCGUGUGCGACUACAAACAAAUAGAGACAAACGUUCAGAUCACAAUAGGCCUGGGGGACGAGUGUGUGCUGGAGGACAACUCUCAGCGGACCAAGUGGAAGGUCAUCAGUCCCACGGGCAACGAGGCCAUGGUGCCCUCGGUGUGCUUCACUGUGCCCCCUCCCAACCAGGAGGCCAUGGACACCGCCAGCAGGGCAGAGCAGCUCUACCAGAAGGUGAUGUCUUUGUGGCACCAGCUCCACGUCAACAUGAAGAGCGUGGUCUCCUGGCACUACCUCCUCAAAGACGUCCGCACCGUCUCCGAGUGGAACCUGGACACGGUCCGCUGCCAAUCCCCGUCAGAGCGCCAGCAGGUCCUGGAUCACCUGGAGUCCCAGCUGGCCGACUUCCUGUCCGACAGCAGAGAGAGCGCGCUGUUCACGCCGGCCGAGAGGCGGCAGCUGGAGGCGGACGUCCGGCAGGCGCAGCAGCACUGUCAGGACCUGCUGCGCAACAUGGAGACAGAAGAGAAAGACGAGUCGGUUUCCCGCUCCUAUCUGUCCGAGCUAAAGAACGUCACUUUGCGUCUAAACGAGGCCGAGCAGAGAUUGAUCAAUGGCAUUCAGACUCCGCCCCCGAGCGGUGACAACACUGAGAGGAUCGCUGAGCACGAGACGCUGCACUCCGAGCUGGACGGCCUUCGCUCCAGUUUGGGCGGCGUGUCUUGCCGCUGCGUCGCUUUCUUCGAGGAGAAGCCGACGUCCUCCAGCGCCCCCGCCCUGCGCUCGGAGCUCAACCAGGCGGUGGAGAAGAUGGACAAGCUUCACUGUCUCUCCUCCGUCUUCUUGGAAAAGUUAAAAACGGUGGAUGUCCUGAUUCGCUGCCUGGAGGAAGCGGAGAGUCAGGUGAGCAAGUACGAGACCAGACUGAGCGAGGAGGACAUCGUGCCUGCGGACACGACGGCCAUUCAGACCCUCAGAGAACAACUAGGGAUGUGGCAGUCUGAGCUCGGCGAGCACGAGGGCGUCUUCCAGUCUCUGGAGUCGGACGUGCUCAGAGCCAAAGAGGCGGGGUCUCAGCUCGGCAAGCUGCAUCCAGACCGCAGCCCGGAACUGGAACGCUACCAGGAGCGAGCCAAUCAGGCGGCCGAGAGGUGGAACGGAGUUAAGAGGCAGAUAGAAACAAGGCGGACAGAACUGGACUCUGUGGGCUCGGUCCUGCAGCAGUACAGAGACGGUCACUCCUCUCUCAUCAAGUGGAUCGAGGAGACAACUGAGCGCCAGGAGAACACACAACCGGAUCAGACGGACAGCAAAGCGCUGUCCGAGCAACGGGCCCAGCAGACGGCUCUGGUGGCUGAGAUUGAAGAGAACCAGACCAAACUGGACGAGUGCCAGACUCACUCCAAACAGUACUGCACCUCAGUCAAGGACUACGAGCUGCAGCUGAUGACUUUCAGAGCUUUCGUGGAGUCCACGCACAAGUCGGCAGUGAAGAGGAGAAGGAUGCACUCUUCCUCUGACGCCAUCACUCAGGAGUUCAUGGACCUGCGCACACGCUACACAGCAUUGGUCACCUUGACGACGCAACACGUGAAAUACAUCAGUGAUGCCCUGAGAAGACUGGAAGAAGAAGAGAAAGAGGUGGAGGAGGAGAAGCAGGCCAGAGUGGGUCAGGUGUCAGACCUGCUGGGAUGGGUCAAAGGUCUCCAAGGACGGACCGGCGGCCCCACCGCUGAGUCGUCACUCGCAGCCCAGCAGGCCGUCAGCGAGCAGCUGGCCGCCAAGAAAGACGACGUGGCCGAAGCCAUCAGGAGCACGCAUGUCUUCUUGCUCUCCAAACAGGCCAGCAAGCUGUGCCCGGAGGAGCGCGCUGAGGUGGAGGCUCAGCUGGACCAGCUGACGUCAGCCUACAAGCAGAUGUGCGACUCGUCCACGCAGCAGCUGCAGCAGCUGGAGCGACAGCUGGCCGACGAGGAGGAGAGAAAGGUGGUCCAGCAGCAGAAAGCAGAAUGUUCGCAGAAACUAGAAGGCCUCUCCGUGUGGUUGGCUGGAGCUGCCGGCAUUCUGGCCAAUCAGAAAGCAGGAGCGAAAUCAGAUGACAUGAACGUCCUGCGGGAGAAGCAGAAGAAGUUAAAGGAAGUGCAGAAGGACCUCCAGAAGAGAGCCGAAGAUGUCGCCAAGGCCAUCCGCUGCACGGAGGACUUCCUGGCCGAGCGAGGGGACACUUUGAGCCCGGAGGAGAGAGAGAAGCUGCAGGUGGCGCUAGCGCGUAUGAAGGAGCAGUACAGCACGCUCAUGGACUCUGCUAACACGUCGGUGUCGCAGCUGGACACAGCCAUCGAUGCUACUGUACAGCAGAACACACAGAGGGCCAAAGCCCUUGAGGAGCUGCAGGAGACCCAAGUCCAGAUGGACACUCUGCUGAAAGACCUCCAGUCCUCUGCUAACCAAGCAGCUCAAGACGUCACUGACCUGUCCACUUCACAGCCGGACUCCGCCGUCACGUCCCACAAGGAGGCGCUGCAGGCCGAGCUUCAACGUCUCCAGUCUCAACAAGCCCAGCUCCUGCGCGUCGCCCAGUCGGCUCGCUCUCUGUUGGACCAACCCGAUUCCACGGUUCCUCCCGAGGAGAAACAACGUCUGCGGGCCACUUUGGACCAACUGCAGGCUCAGCACCAGGACAAGCUGCAGAGCUGCCAGGAGCGACUAAGGAGGUCUGAGGCGCUCAAAGACGAGCUGGCCAAGUUCCUGCAGGAGCAUGGAAGUCUGGGCGACUGGCUGGAACAAAGCGAGCAGGAAUUACGUUGUUUGGGGGAAGGAGAGACGGACGCACAGGAACUGAAGAACAGGCUGGAAGAGCACAGAAAGCUGGCCGACGACGUCAUUUGCCACAAGGCAGACCUGCGCUUCGUCUCCAUCUCGGGUCAGAAGGUCCUAGACUCGGUUCAGGGAGCUCUGGAGCAGGCUGGCGGUUCCGACCCGGCUAUGGAGAGCACCAAUCAGCUGGUAUCCGACAAGCUGCAGGACACCAACCACAGAUACACGUCUCUACACGCCAAGUCUUCAGAGUUGGGCGGCCGUCUGUCUGGUCUUCUGGAGAGGUACCAGCAGUACCAGGACGAGGUGGUCUCUCUUCACUCCUGGCUCAGCGCUCAGGAACAGAACCAAAGCAUAGCCAAGCCCAGUGGAGACACGGACCCCCAAAACCUGCAGAACACCCUCAGACAAGUCCAGCUGCUGCAGGAUGAGCUGGCCGAGCGGUCGGUCCAGUUGGAAAAGGUGAAAAGAGCGGGAGGAGUUCUGGUCAGCACUGAUGAGUCGCCCUCGCUGAAGGCUGUGGACAUCCUGUGUGCUGCAGAUGGUUUGGAGAAGAGGUUCUGCUCGCUCUCGGCGUCCGUGUCCGAGCGGGCCGAGCAGCUACAGACGGCGGUGGCCCAGUCGGUCAGCGUACAGGAGGGCUUGAAGGCUCUGCUCAGCUGGCUGGACACGCUGGACCUCAACCCGGGGCCGGUUGAGCCCACAGCGCAGGCUCUUCAAGACGCCCUGACACAGAACCAGAAACUUCGUCAAGAGCUGCUCUCGAGGCAAGGCAGCGUGGAGGCGACACGGGAUUCCGUUUCCAAGCUACUCCAGAGCCCCGACGCCUCCACAGCCUCGGGCCUGCAAGGAUCGCUGGACGAGCUGACCCAGAGGUUCGCCGCAGCCCAGACCAGCCAAGCGCAGAGGGAGGCGGAGCUUAAGACCCUGCUGCCAAGGCUGGAGAGCUACGAGCGACUGGGGGCAGACCUGCGGGUCUUCACCCAGAGCCGAAUGAAGGCUCUUAGUCCGGCGGGUCAGCCCGAUCGCAGCGUGGAGGAUUACAGGCAGACUGUGGAGGAAGUGAAGUCGGAGCUCCAACAGGAGGCUAUGCAGCUCAAGUCCUUCUGCAAUUUGGGCGAAGAACUCGGCACGUCACAAGUUUUGGGUCCCACACAAAGUUUAGUGUAUCACGUCAAAGGAGUGACCGAGGACUUCAAGCAGCUGGAGGACAACGUCAACCAAAGACUGGCCGCCAUCGUGGCGUGCGAGCAGCAGCUGCUCCAUUUCCGCGGCCUCUCUUGCUCCCUCCUCAGGUGGCUUCAGGCAGCGCAGGAGCAGCUUCCUUCAAAGGAGGUGAGCGUCAACACGGAGGCGCUGCAGAGGAGAGUGCAGCAGCUCCAGGACUUGCUGAACGAGUGGGAGUCGCAGGGAGGCAGGGUCCAGGAGCUGAAUAAUAACAGCUCGGAGCUGGAGGCUCAAGUCAUUGAGAUCACGGCACCGCAGACCAAAACUGGCACCCCGCAAAUCAACGGCUCCGCAGGUGCCAGCAGCGUCAAUGGCAUUCACACCUGCAAAGACCUGACGGAGAUCCAGGUGGCCGUGUCGGACGUGAACACUCGACACGAGGCGCUGGGCGUAGACCUAAAGGAGCAUCUCGGCCGUCAGCAGGCCUCACUGGAGUUGAGGCAGAAGGCCAGACGGGGCGCCGAGGAGCUCAAGAACUGGCUGAAAGACAAGGAGGUCAGCCUCGAACAGGGACAGACCGCCUCCCCAUCCAAACCGGAGGUGGUGCGCGCCCAGGCUCAGGAAAACAAGGCUUUGCUCUCGGAGCUGGCUGAGAACUCUGGCCGGGUGGAGGAGCUGAAGGGAACGUUGAGGAAGCUCAUCGCCGACAACCCAGACUCUCCCGAGGCGGACGGUUGGAGACAACAGCUGCAGGACAUCGACUCCCGCUGGCUCUCGGCCAAUCAGACGGCAGCCCGCCGGCAGACGGAGCUGGAGGCGUGCGCCGACAGGCUGGGCAGCUUUACGUCGGCGGCAUCUCAGCUGGGCCCCUGGCUGAGGGAGAAGGAGCUGAUGAUGAGCGUGCUGGGACCGCUCAGCAUCGACCCGAACAUGCUGAACACGCAGAAACAACAAGUCCAGUUUAUGCUGCGGGAGUUCGACACCCGUAGGCCGCAGUUUGACGAGCUGACCCAGUCGGCCGAGGGCAUCCUCUCCCAGACCCAAGACGCCAAGGAGCAGGAGGAGGUUCGAGCCGAGCUGGACUCCGUCUCGCAGCAGUGGGAGGACCUGACCAGCAGGCUCGCACGGCGGUCCGAGCACAUCGGCCAGGCGCAGGGAACCAGCGAGCGGUACCAGGCUCUGCUGCGCGAGCUCUCCUCCAGCGUGACGGCCCUCGCCGAUCGCCUGGAUGCUCAGGCCUCGCUGAGCGCGCGGCCCGAGGAGCUGAAGGCGCGCCUGCAGGAGACGGGCGAGAUCCGCUCAGAGCUGGAGAGGCGGAGGUCCGAGCUGGCCGAGGCGGAGCGGCUCUGUCAGGAGCUGAGCGCCAUCGUGGUGGAACCUUACCUGAAGGACGAGCUGAAGAAACGUCUGGAGAGCGUUAGCGGGCCUCUGAAGAACCUGGAGGAUCGUGCGGCUGAUGGUCUGUCUCAGCUCCAGGCCGCGCUGUCCUCCACUCAGCAGUUCCAGCAGAUGUUUGGGGACCUGCGCUCGUGGCUGGACCGGCAGGCGGAACUUAGGGACUCGUCGCUCGACUCGCUGCCCUGCCAGCCCGACGCCCUCCGCUCGCUGCUGGCCGACACAGACGACAUGCAGCGCGCCGUGGCCAGCCAGCGAGGAUCAUACGAGCUGAUCCAAGGCGAGGGCGUGUCACUGCUCGCCGCACUGCCUGCCAGCGGGGACGAGCGAGCCGCCCUGCAGUCCCGUCUGGCUCGACUGCGGCAGGACUGGGAGGAAGUGAACGGGAAGCUUUCGGAACGUGAAAGCAGAUUGAAAAGCACGCUGAGCAAGGCCGAAAGUUACCAGCGGCACAAGGCCGAGCUCACGCCCUGGCUAGUGGAAUGUGAGGCCAAAGACGCAGAGAUCCAGCCUUCGCUCCAGUCGUCCGAUCUGGAUGAGGCCCUGCAGAAGGCCAGGGGACUCUCCCUGGACCUGGAAAGACGAGCACCGCUGCUGGAGGCCUUCAACACAUCCGCUGAUCAGCUGCUGGAGCAGUGCUGCAUCGGGGAAGAGGAGGUACGAGAUGAGAAGGCGCAGUUCAACCGGCGUUUGGAUGGCUUGGGCGAGAGGCUCCACAGCCGCACGUCGCAGCUGGAGGAGCUAGCGGGCCGCCUGAAAGAGUUUGAAGAAGGCCAACAGGCUGUGGAGAGGCGGCUGGAGGCCGCAAAGCACCAGAUUGAAGUCCAAGAGGCGUUAGGACCGCAGGCGUGUAGCGCCAAGAGCCUGGAGAGGCUGAGGAGCCAACAGGAAAGCCUCAAGUGCCUGCAGCCUCAGGUGGUCUACCUGCGAGACCUGGCCCAGGGGCUGGUGCAGGACGCCCCCCAGAGUCCAGGGGUAAACAGUGAGGGGGCGCAGAGGCUCCAGGAGCAAGCCAAGAACACGGAGACGGAGUAUGAAGAUGUGGGCAACAAGAUCGAGCAGUGUUGCUCCACACUCGAGUCCCGCCUGCAGGGCGUUGGCGAGGUCCAGUCGCACGUGCGGGACGUCUUCUCGCGACUGACCGACCUCGACGACGAGCUGGACUCGCUGGGCCCGGUCGGGCGCGACGCGGACUCGCUGGCCUCGCAGGCGGAAACACUCGGUGGCUUCCUGUCACGUCUGGCCGAUCUCAGGACAGAGCUGGAAGCGCACGCGUCCGAUUGCACCGCCAUGCUUCGGCGGGAGGGCUCCUCCCCCGACCUGCUGGCUCUUCGGCGGGAGACAGAGGCUCUGAGUCGGCAGGCAGGGAAGCUGAGCGAGCGCGGCCAGGCCAGGCUGGUGCAGAUCGAGGACGCCGCAGAGAGAGUGACGGACUUCUACAGGCUGGUGGGCGAGCUGCAAGGCCUGCUGGGAGCAGCCGAAGGUGGGCUGGCCGCGCAGGGCGUGGUGGGCUCGGAGGUGGACGUCAUCAAGCAGCAGCUGCAGGAGUUCAAGGCGUUGGAGAGAGAGCAGGUGGACGGCGUCCAAGCAAAGCUGCAGCACGUCAACGCCGUGGGCCAGGGUCUGAUCCAGAGCGCCGCCAAGCAGACCGACACCCGAGCGCUGGAGCACGACCUGGAGAGCACCAACCUGCAAUGGAACUCACUCAACAAGAGGGUGGCGGAGAGGAUCGCGCAGUUGCAGGAGGCCCUGUUGCAUUGUGGGAAAUUCCAGGACGCCCUCGAGCCACUGCUCAGCUGGCUGAGCGACACAGAGGAGCUGGUGGCCAAUCAGAAGCCUCCGUCGGCCGAGUACCGCGUGGUCAAAGCGCAGAUCCAAGAACAGAAGCUGCUACAGAGGCUGUUGGAAGACCGCCGGCCCACCGUGGAGAUGAUCCGCGCCGAGGGCGAGCGCAUCGCAGCCACGGCAGACACGCAGGACCGCGAGAAGAUCCAAACUCAACUUCAGAGUCUGGCCCUGAGGUGGAGUGAGCUCCUGGGCAAGGCCAGCUCCAGGCAGAGGCAACUGGAGGAGCUGCAAGUUUUGGCUCUCCAGUUCCACGAGGCCCUGGAUCCGCUCGGAGAGUGGCUGAGCGCCACCGAGAGGCGCAUGAGCGCCGCAGAGCCCAUGGGAACCCAGACGGCCAAGAUCAGCCAGCAGAUCGUCAAGCACAAGGCGAUCCAAGACGACGUGUCUUCGCGCGAGCCCGAGGUGGAGCGCCUGCGCUCCCUCAGCCAAUCGCUGAGCCCGCUCAGCUGCGCGGCCGACCGCAACUGGCUGGGCGAGCGCGUGGAGGCGGUCCGCUCGGGCCACGCGGAGCUGGCCGAGUGGGGCGCCAGGCGAGCGGGUCUCUUGGAGCAGGCGCUGGCCAACGCCCGGCUGUUUGGCGAGGACGAGGUGGAGGUGCUCAACUGGCUAGCGGAGGUGGGCCAGAGGCUGGCGCUGGUCUCGGUGCAGAGCUACCAGCCUGACAUACUGGCCCAGCAGCACAAGCACACUCUGUCUCUAAAUGAGGAGAUUGUGAGCAGGAAGAAGACCGUGGACCAGGCCAUCAAGAAUGGACAAGCUUUACUCAAGCAGACCACAGGCGAGGAGGUUCUGCUGAUCCAAGAGAAGCUGGACGGCAUCAAGUCGCGCUACGCUGAGGUGACGGCGGGCAGCAGCAAGGCGCUUCGCACGCUGGAGCAGGCGCUGCAGCUGGCCACGCGCUUCGCCAGUGCCCACGACGACCUCAACCAGUGGCUGGACGCCGUGGAGGCGGAGCUCAACAAUGUGGAGCCUGAUGCACCCCCCGCCUACCAGGAGAGACAAAAGGAGUUGAAGAAAGUGUCAGCAGAGAAGCGCCUGGUCUUGGACACCUUAAACGAGGUGGGCAGCGCCCUGCUGGAUCUGGUGCCAUGGCGAGCCCGUGAGGGCCUGGACCGCUUGGUCGCCGACGCCAACCAGCGCUACCGCCAGGCGGACGACACCAUCACGCAGCGUGUGCAGCUGGUGCAGGCCGCCAUCCAGAGGUCGCAGCAGUACGAGGAGGCGGUGGAUGCCGAGCUGGCCUGGGUGGGCGAGACGGAGCGCAAGCUGGCGUCUCUGGGCCCGCUGAGCCUGGAACCUGACGUGACGGUGGCCCAGAUGCAGGUGCAGCGGGCUUUCAACAUCGACAUCAUCCGACACAAAGACACCGUGGACCAGCUCCUCGGCACUCGAGAUGACAUCCUGGAGACGUGCAGCGACACCCAGAAGGACGCGCUGAUGGUGAAGACAGAUUCUCUGAGCGCCCGUUACGACGCCGUGAGCCAGAGCCACAGUGAGCGCUUCGCCGCGCUAGAGCAGGCUCAGGUCUUGGUGGCCCGCUUCUGGGAGACCUACGAAGAACUGGAGCCGUGGUUGGGCGACACUGAGAGCCUCAUCACUCAGCUGCCGCCGCCGGCCAUCGACACAGACGCCCUGCGCCUGCAGCAGGACCAGAUGAGGCUCCUCCGAGAGUCUAUCGCUGAGCACAAGCCCCACAUCGACAAGCUCCUCAAGAUCGGACCCCAGCUGGCAGAGCUGAGCGUCCAGGAGGGCGGGCGGGUGACGCAGUGCUACAGCGACGCCGAGAGGCGCUACUUUGCCAUCAAAGCGGAGGUGAAAAGUCGUGCGGCCCUGCUCGACGAGGCGGUGUCCCAGUCUGCUCAGUUCCACGACAAAAUGGACCCCCUGCUGGAGACCCUGGAGGCGGCCGUGCAGCGUUUGCGUCAGCCUCCUCCCGUGGCGGCGGAGGUCGAUAAGAUCCGCGAGCAGCUGUCCGAGCACCGGGCUCAAGGUCUGGAGCUGGACAAACUUCUGCCCAGUUUCUCCGCCCUCUGCGCCCGAGGAGAGGAGCUCAUCAGCCGGGCCGCCCACGACGACCCCGCCGCCCACGCCGUGCACUCCCGCCUGCUGCGGUUGCGCUCGCUGUGGGAUGAGAUCCGUCAGCGGGCCGAGGAGAGGGAGAGCAAACUCAAUGACGUCCUGGAUCUGGCCGGCAAGUUCUGGGCGGACGUGGCGGCGCUGCUGAGCACGCUGCGAGACUCCCAGGACAUUGUGAAGGACCUAGAGGACCCCGGCGUGGACCCUUCGCUCAUCAAACAACAGAUAGAGGCAGCGGAGGCAAUCAAGGCGGAGACGGAUGGCCUGAGGGAGGAGCUGGAGUUUGUCAGGACCCUCGGGGCCGACCUCAUCUUUGCCUGCGGAGAAACUGAGAAACCCGAAGUCAAGAAGACCAUUGAUGAGAUGAACGGUGCCUGGGAGGGCCUGAACCGCACCUGGCGAGAGAGGAUGGAGAGGCUCGACGAGGCCAUGAGCGCCUCGGUGCAGUACCAGGAUGCACUACAGUCAAUGUUUGACUACCUGGACAAUGCAGUGAUCAAACUGUGCGACAUGUCAACUGUGGGAACUGACCUGGGAACAGUCAAACAUCAAAUCGAAGAGCUUAAGCAGUACAAAGUGGACGUUUACCAGCAGCAGAUCGACAUGGAGAGGCUCUGCCACCAGGGGGAGCUGCUGCUCAAGAAAGUGUCAGACCAGACGGACAGAGACAUGAUCCAGGAGCCGCUGACAGAGCUCCGACACCUGUGGGACAACCUGGGGGAGAAAAUCACCCAAAGACAGCACAAGCUGGAAGCCGCCCUGCUGGCUCUGGGUCAGUUCCAGCAUGCCCUGUCUGAGCUGCAGGCUUGGCUGAGCCACACGUACGCCACCCUGGACACGCAGCGCCCGGUCAGCUCCGAUCCCAAAGCCAUCGAGAUUGAACUGGCCAAACACCACGUUUUGCGCAACGACGUGCUGUCCCAUCACGCCACCGUGGAGGCGGUCAACGCGGCCGCCGCCGAGCUCCUGGAGUCCUCCCCUGGCGACGAGGCAAGCCACCUGAGAGAUCAGCUGGAUCAGCUGAACCACAGUUGGCAGAACCUGCUGCUCAAGACCCAGGAGAGGCAGAAGCUGUUGGAGGCUGCCUUACAGCAGGCGGAGGGUUUCCAUGGAGAGCUGGAGGAGUUCCUACAGUGGAUGCGGCGCACUGAGAGCCAGCUGUCUGCUGCCAAGCCGACAGGCGGACUACCCGAAACAGCCAGAGAGCAGCUAGAGCAACACAUGGAGCUCCAAGCCCAGCUGGCGCAGCGUGCCGACCAGUACCACAGACUGCUGGACGCCGGAGAGUCCAUCCUGCUGGCUCGUGGCGGAGAGGACGCAGGGCCAGGAACCACCCAGACCCAGCAGAACCUGGCCAUGCUGCAGAACAAGUGGGGCAGCCUCAACACCAAGAUGGACGAUCGUAGGGCAAAGCUGGACGAGGCUCUCGCCUUAGCCACCAGCUUCCAGACUUCCCUGCAGGACACCAUUAACUGGCUGACCCAGGCCGAGCAGACCCUGAACAUGGCCCAGCCCCCCAGCCUCCUCUUGGACACGGUCCUUUUCCAGAUCGAUGAGCACAAGGUUUUUGUCAACGAGGUGAACACCCACAGAGAGCAGGUUCUGGCCCUGGAGAAGGCCGGCUCCCAGCUCCGCUUCGCCAGCCUGAAGCAGGACGUGGUGCUCAUCAAGAACCUUCUGCUGAGCGUUCAGGCGCGCUGGGACAAGCUGGUCCAGAGGUCACUAGACCGCGGUCGGCACUUGGAUGAGGCUCGCAAACGGGCCAAGCAGUUCCACGAGGCCUGGAGGAAGCUGACCGACUGGCUGGAAGAGGCCGAGAAGAGACUGGACUCUGAGCUGGAGAUCCCCAACGAGCCAGACAAGAUCAAAGUACAGCUGCUCAAACAUAAGGAGUUCCAGAAAGCCCUUGGCUCAAAGCAGCCGGUUUACGACACCACGGUGAGGUCCGGGAGAGCCAUGCGGGACAAAGCCCAGCUGGCAGAAGACACCCAGAAGCUGGACCACCUUGUCGGGGAGGUCCGCGACAAGUGGGACACAGUCUGUGGGAAGAGUGUGGAGAGGCAGCACAAGCUGGAGGAGGCUUUGCUGUUCUCAGGUCAGUUUGCAGAAGCCCUCCAGGCUCUAGUGGACUGGUUAUACCGAGUUGAGCCGCAGCUGGCUGAAGAUCAGCCCGUGCACGGCGACCUGGACCUGGUGUCCAACCUCAUGGACACACACAAGGCGUUCCAGAAGGAGAUGGGCAAGAGAACUGUCAGCGUCCAGGCUCUGAGGCGCUCGGCCCGCGACCUCAUGGAGACUGGCCGCGACGACACGGCCUGGGUCAAAGUUCAGCUGCAGGAGCUCAGCAACCGCUGGGAGACUGUUUGCGCUCUGUCCGUCACAAAGCAGACCCGCCUCCAGCAGGCCCUCAAACAGGCGGAGGAGUUCCGCACGGCCGUUCAGUUGCUGCUGGAGUGGCUCUCUGAGGCCGAGCAAAGCCUGCGCUUCCGUGGUGUCCUCCCCGAGGAGGCGGAGACUCUGCAGGCGCUGCUGCACACGCAUCGGGACUUCAUGGGAACGGUAGAGGAGAAGAGGUCGGAGGUCAACAAGGCGGCGGGCAUGGGCGAGGCCAUCCUGACCCUGUGCCACCCAGACUCUAUCACCACCAUCAAGCACUGGAUCACCAUCAUCAGGGCGCGCUUUGAGGAGGUGCUGACCUGGGCCAAGCAGCACGAGCAGCGUCUGGAGGCGGCGCUGACCGAGGUGCUCAACAACGCCAACUUGCUGGAGGAGCUGUUGUCAUGGCUACAGUGGGCCGAGACCACGCUUGUCCAGAGAGACACGGAGGCGCUCCCUCAGGACAUCCCCCAGCUUAAAAACCUCAUCACGGAGCAUCAGAUGUUCAUGGAGGAGAUGACCAGGAAGCAGCCAGAUGUUGACAAAGUCACCAAAAGUUACAAAAGGAAACCCGCUGAUGCGCCAAGCAGCCUGGCUGAGAGGAGAGGAGGACGCAAGAAUCAGCAGCAGCAACAGGCGGCCGUGCAGCUUUCAGGAGCAAACCCGCGACUCAACCAGCUGUGUGCCAGGUGGCAGCAAGUGUGGCUGCUGGCGCUCGACCGCCAGCGCAAACUCAACGAUGCCCUGGACCGGCUGGAGGAGCUCAAAGAGUUCGCCAACUUCGACUUUGACGUGUGGAGGAAGAAGUACAUGCGCUGGAUGAACCACAAGAAGUCUCGCGUCAUGGACUUCUUCAGACGCAUCGACAAGGACCAAGACGGGAAGAUCACGCGCCAGGAGUUCAUCGACGGCAUUCUGGCGUCUAAGUUCCCGACCAGCAGAUUGGAGAUGACGGCGGUGGCAGACAUCUUUGACCGAGAUGGCGACGGUUACAUCGACUAUUACGAGUUUGUCGCCGCCCUGCACCCAAACAAAGAUGCCUACAGACCCACCACGGACGCAGACAAGAUAGAGGAUGAAGUGACUCGGCAGGUGGCGCAGUGUAAAUGUGCUAAGAGGUUCCAGGUGGAACAAAUAGGGGAAAACAAAUACCGGUUCUUCCUCGGAAACCAGUUCGGCGACUCCCAGCAGCUUCGCCUGGUGAGAAUCCUGCGCAGCACCGUCAUGGUGAGAGUGGGAGGAGGCUGGAUGGCCCUGGACGAGUUCCUGGUCAAGAACGAUCCGUGUCGAGUGCAACAUCCCGGACUUAAGAUCCUCCGCUCCGACUCCAGUAGCUCCAUCUCAUCCCGUAUAGUGGCAGUCACUCCAGGCUAUUUCUGCUGCAGAGCUCGGGGUCGCACCAACUUGGAGCUGCGGGAGAAGUUCAUCUCCGAGGGGACGCCUCAGUGUCUCUCUGCCUUCCGCUCGCGCGGGCGACGCUCCAAGCCCGGCUCGCGUAACGCCUCGCCCACUCGCUCGUCCUCCUCUGCCUCCCACAGCGGCGCCUCGCUGCCCUCCACGCCGGCCACGCCCACAGCCUCGGCAUCAUCCAGGUCCUCCCACACUCAUUCCCGUGACUACGCCAAGCCGUGGUUGGCGCACAGUAAAACGCCGACGCCGCCCAAGUGCCACUGCUGCCCGGAUCACGGCGACCACGGGCACGAGGGGGCGGCGUCGGGCUCCAAGCUGAAGCGGCCGACCUUCCACUCCAGCCGCGGCUCGCUGACGGGGGAGAACGGCGGAACGCCGCACGGCACCAAGCAGACGCGCAGCGAUCCAAAGCGAGGCGCGUCCACCGCCAGCGGUCCCACCAGCCGGGCGGGCAGCCGGGCGGGCAGCAGGGCCAGCAGUCGACGAGGCAGCGACGCCUCCGACGCUUCGGAGCUCCAAGACGCUCGCUCCGUUUGCUCGGACACGUCGGACACCCCCAGGAGGCCGGGGGGCGGAGCCAAGCCUUCCAAGAUUCCGACCAUCGCCAAGAAGACGCAGAGUCCAAAGACCCCCGGCGCCAAGAAAUGACAGCGAGGGUCAGCACACACACUUCUCUUCCUUCCGCUGAAGGUGGGCGCUUGGAUGCGGCGGCGCGGCCCGUAGCGCUCGUUUGUGGCGGGAAAGCAGGGGAGGGAAGUCCGCGUCUCGCACCGACUUAAUCCUUCAUACGGAAGCUGCGGCGACACUUUUCCUCCGUCGCCGUCCUUCCCGCCAAAAGCGACCAGAUGUGACGCUGCCUUAUUGACUGACAAGGGGGCGGCGCCGCCUCUGAGCACGCAAACGUUUUCAGAGCGGACCGCCGUCUCCACGACAACACAAACAACCGAAUUCAGGAGAAAUGGAAAAAACUAACAAAAAACUUUUGGCUUGCGGGCCAGAAAAUAUGCAACGACUGCCAUGUGACGCCACAUGUAAAGAGCUCAGUGCGGGGGGGGGGGGGGGGGGGCCGGAACGCCAGCAUGGAGGGGGCCGCGGUUUGGCCUCACUGCUGACACACGUAAACCACCAAGGUGGCACCAGCUUGCCCCUCCCCCUUCUGGUGUGUGCAGCCCAUGUGACCUCGCCCCUCCCCCCACCUUGUCGUGUGUUACACAUUAUCUGCGAAUGUUACGUCUUUUUGUUAAUUUAUACUCUUUUUUUUUUUUUUCUUUUUUUUUUCUU